CUCGGGGCAAAGCGCGAUGGCGAGGGGCGGGACCCCCCUCGCGCUGCUGCUGCUGCUGCCUCUGCUGGGGCGGGUGGGCGCGAGCGCCCCCUGGGAGCUGAGCUCGUGGCACUGCAGCUUCUCGGCCUCGUGCGAGUGCGACUUCCGGCCGGAUUUAAGCGGUCUAGAAUGUGAUCUGGCCAUCAAUCUGGUGGGCCAGCACUUGGCGAGACAACUCGUGAUGAAAGGGCUGAAGGAGUUUGUGCACGACCGGGAUCCCGUGAAGCCCCUGGUGCUGUCCUUCCAUGGCUGGACCGGUACGGGCAAAACCUACGUCAGCUCCCUGAUCGUCCGCUACCUCUUCCGUGCUGGACUCCGUAGCGUGUACGUGCACCAGUUCUCCCCCAUGGUUCACUUCCCUCAUCUGGAACAAAUUGAGCAGUACAAGAGCGAUCUGAAGAACUGGAUCCAGGGGAAUUUGACCCGCUGUGGCCGGUCAGUGUUUCUUUUUGAUGAAAUGGACAAGAUGCACCCGGGCUUGAUUGACGUGAUUAUUCCGUUCCUGGGCCCUUCCUGGGUUGUCUUUGGAACCAACUACAGGAAAGCCAUCUUCAUUUUCAUUAGCAAUGCUGGUGGGGAUCAGAUUAACCAAAUGACUUUGGACCUCUGGCGAGCCCGCAAGGACCGGGAGGAGAUCAGCUUUAAGGACCUGGAAGCAUCUAUUUUGGAAGCCGUCUUUGAAAAUCCCCAAAAUGGGUUCUGGAAAUCUGGCAUCAUCGAACAGGGCCUCAUCGACCUCCUGGUGCCCUUCCUCCCUCUGAAGCAACACCACGUGAAAGAAUGUGUGUCAAAUGAGAUCGCCAGCCAAGGCCUGCAGCCGCUCCCGGAGGUCAUCCAGGCCGUGGCUGACAGCAUCCCCUAUUUCCCGGAAGAGGAGAAAAUCUUCUCGUCCACAGGUUGCAAAACGGUGGCGUCCCGUCUGCCCUUCUUCCUCUGACCCGCCUGACAGCGUUGCUCCUGGGUGCCUGCAAGAGACGUCGCCAGACUCGAUCCGGCUGCGGUUGGCGGGUGGUGCCGCUUCGCCCAUCCCGAUUUGCUUCGGUACCAAGGAAGAGACAUUCCAAAGAGCAACGCUGACUCAGCCGAGGGACGAAACAAGCACUUUAGCCGAGUUCAUCCUUUGCCCCGGCCCCUGGGGUGAUGAGCGCAAAGGAGAAGAGGCUGUGAUGUAUUACAGGGAGGGAACAUUAGCUGCAUUUAUAACAUGGUUUUACAGACUCUUUUUAAGCGGCAGCUAUCGCCUUCCGGUUCCUUAAUGUAGCACAAUUGAAGUCACUUUCUGUGGACACUACAGUCUUACCUCUUGUUUCUUAAAGAACAUUUUAAAGACACACUGUGACUUCGUAUCAAUGGCCGCUUGGAAUAUCUUUAAAUAGGUGGGUCGAACUCUGCAGUGCGGAAGUAUGCAUUCAGGGUAUAUGGACUUGAUUGUGAUUAGGUGCUAGUAAGGAGAGAGGUCAAGGACAGUUGCCUCUAGGGUAAGUCAGCAGAACCAGGCUCUCUCUGUCACGGGGUGGAGAGGAGGCGUGUUCAGGAGCAAGCUCUUUUGCCCUACGCCCCUUUGAUUGUACAAGAAAACGGGGCGGGGUUUUUCCUUUCAGUGUGCCACUUUGAAGUGUCUGAGAAGUCCCUAUAUGUUCCUAAAGAUGAUGAAGUAUUACUGUGCUACCUUAUAGAUGAAGACUAUUCAUCUAAAUGGUCCCCUGAUUGCUGAGCCUCUUGUUAUGGACUUGUAUGCAAUGCUGGACUGUGAUGGUUAUGGAAAACUAAGCCACCGAAGGCGUACAGUCCGCAAUCUUUUGUCACUUCCUCUCCGGAUCUCCCUCUCGGGUGGUCCAGGCCUCAGCUUUCUCUGAGCAUUGAGACUUGAGGGAAGGAGACCAGAGAUUGCGCCUGAUGAUAUUUCCACUAGAUUUGGACAGUCUCUGGAGGAAAGUUUUAACAGGAACUGACAACGUAGCUUUCUCACCUGUUCCUAAACGGGCCGACUCGGUUACGAACCUCCAAAGAAUGAGACCGUUCGCCAAAGUCUUCAAAAGUUUGUUUUAUUUUAAAUAAAAGCUCGAAAACAGGCCUCUUACCAAGACUGUGGGGUCUAUGAAAACGGCAGCAGUUAGGAGUGUCUGGCGGGAAAGCAAAGUUGUUAGCCCAAACUCAUCUGUGCGUUUGUUUUAGGCGCCUUGCAGCAGACGUUUGAAAACAUGUCCAUCUUCCUGAGAUAAGACUGAAACAAGUAUAUGCCUACGCUAAACGUAGGACCUUCAGACGCCCAAAGGGCGACUGAAGUUUCUCAAAGGGCCUUGGUUAAAAGUUAAAGGCAGCACCAGGACUCCAAGGAGACCGUUGCAGGCGUAAAGGCACAGACAGCCAAAUA